ACGUAAGGAAGAUUCUGUUAUCUCACAUUAAUGUGUAAUUACAUGGUCUACCAGCAGAGGGCACCAUUGCAGUACCAUGGUGUUACGUUGCAUUACAUUAUAUGUGUUUAUUUAUUGCAGGGGUGUCCAAACUUUUUCCUCUGAGGGAUGCACACGGAAAAAUCCAACUCUGCCGCUUCACCACCCCCAUGCCCCACCUGGCCGUCUACUCCGGCCUCGCCGACUCCCCCUCCACCAACGCCUCGUCCUCCCUCUCCAUCCUGGCCCACCCCCCGGCCUGCCCGUCCCCCAUCAGCGUGGCGCUGGACAGCACCUCCGCCUCCGAGCGGCGAGCGGAACCGGGCGAAGCGGACCGUGACGGCGAGGUCCGGACCCCCGCCGAGGGCAACGCGUGCAAGUCCAAAAUGGCGCUGUUCCUGCGGCGGCUGCUGAGGCGAGGAUGCGGGCCGUCCGCCGUCUUCGCCAACCUGUCCCCCAAAUGCAACUCGGCCGCCGGGGCGGGGGGGCGGAUCCAGCCCAUCAGCCCGGACCCGACCAGCCAGGCCCCGCCCAGGAGGGUCGGCAAUUUCUUCCAGAUCAAAGUGGACAUCCCCCCGGAGUGUCGCAUCUACCCCAUCGAGUCCGAGGACGAGGAGGACGAGAACCGAGCCGCUCUCGGGGCCAAGGAGAUCAUCUGCCCCUGGGAGAGCCUCACUUCUCAGAACGGGACCGGCUAAUCACAAGGUACCGGACGGGUUGUUCAAUUAGGGUCCUCACAUUCCACCUCAGAGACUAAAAUACUCCAACGUGCCCUCCAAUGUUUGCUAGUUUGAAUGUCCAAACUGUCUCAAUGGCUCUCUGGAGCAGGGCCGGCCCCUGGCAUAAACACUGUUCUUUAGGGGCCACAGCCACUGGAGGAGCAUGAUAUGGUGACCGGUCACGUCGCUAGCUGCUUGUCGUGCUCUGCAUUUGUUCAACGGUGUGUCAAAAUAUCAUUUUUAAUAGUUUU